UAUAUGUACGUUCACAGCUGACAGAGCUUUAAGUGCGCAAAUAUGAAAUGAAGUAGAAAAUGCAAUGAAUCGAAUUGGCCACAGCAACUGACCCACUCCCGCUUCGAUCCGAACCCGCUGCCCGUGUGCUGCAGUGCGUCCACAGCCCUCCAGCCCUCCGCAGAGUGAGAAUUCAGUGAGUGCCCCGCGAAGUGGCAGCCAUGUCAACGGAAAGCAACACGCCCGUGGAUCCUAGGGUCCAGGUCGAGCUGGAGAAGCUGAACACCGCCACCGACAACAUCAACCGCUACGAGGUGGAACUCGAUGAGUCCAAGUGCGAGUUCAAGCGCUUGCUGGCCGAGAGCGUGGUGCGGAUCAAGGCGGCCGCCCACAAGCUGGGCAACUCCAUCGAUGCCGCCAAGCCGUACUACGAGUCGCGCAUCUAUGCCGCCCAGCUGGCCAAGGAAACCCAAUUGGCGGCGGCCAACCAUGAGAAGGCCAAGUCCAUACACGCCGCCGCCAAGGAGAUGGUCUACCUGGCCGAGCAGGGACUCGGCGAGAAGUCCACGCUGGACACCGCCUGCCAGGAGAUGCUCAGUCAUGCCGCCGGCAAGGUCAACCAGUCCCAGCUGGAGGUCACCGACACCCGCAACGCCCUCAAGAUGUGCCAGCUGAAGCUCGAGGUGGCCAACAACCGGGUCGGCAAGCUGCAGGGACAGCUCAAGCAGGCGCUGAGGGCCUCCAGAUUGCAACUCAAGCGCAAUUUACUUUUGUUGAGAUAUUUUAGCAUUAUGCACGCUUUGUAUUGUACCCUCUGUUCGCCGUACUACGAGACGCGAGCGAACUACAAUGGACUGCUGAAGGCCCAAAAGACGCGCGUCAACGAGCUGGAGGCGAAGGUCAGUGCGGCCAAGCUCACGUACAACGAGGCGCUCAAGAAUCUGGAGCAGAUAUCCGAGGACAUCCAUCGGCAGCGGCAGCAGCGCAACAAUCUGCUCAACUACGAGGCCAUGCUGCGCCAGGUGGACGCGGUGGACACCUUGACGGCGGGUCUGGAACGGAACUCCACGCUGCAUUCCGGCUCUCCCAAGGACGAGGAUGCAGCACAGCAGGAGCAGGAGGAGCACGAGGACGAGGAGGAGGAGGAGUACCUGCGCAUGCCGGAGCGCCUGGGCCACGAGUGUCCCCAUCUGCUGACAGACUUCGAGGCGGUGUUGACCUUCCCGCAGAAAUUGGCCGGCGGCAUGCACAAGUCGGCCAGCACCAGUGCAGCGGAUGGGGAGGCGGGCCUGGGACCGCUGGGCCUGCACGCCCCCUACGAGGUGAAGUCGUCGGGCAGCGGUUCCCUGGCCUCCGGCUCCGCCUCUGUGUCCACUUCGGCUGGCACUGGUAUCGGCACUGGUGGCGGUGGCGGUGCUCCGGCGGACAACGACAUCGAGCAGUGGACGGAGAUCCGGCUGUCGCAUUCGGAUAGCACCAGUUCCAGUUACUCCAAUCAAUCGCUGCUGGACCAGCACGGCCUGGAGAGCUCCGGUGGGCAGGGACUGGGAAUGGGAAUGGGUCGGAACCAUUUGGAUGCGGAUGCCCAGUCGCAGCAUUCCACUUCGUCCUCCGAUGAGCCAAAGCGCAAGGUCACCUGUACGACGAUAUUCCAGGACGACAGCAGUGCAUCGAGCGGCGGCGGCGGCGGCGGGCAGCAGAUGAGCCGCAAGCAGAGUCUCAGCCAGUGGCUGUCGCGCUCCAAUAGCUUCAAGGGCAGCGGACGGCGGCAGAGCCUGGACCUGCUGAUCGAUGCCGGCGAUAAGGUGAAGGAUGUGUUCAGCUAUGGGUUCCAGAAGGUGGGUCGCAGCCUGGAGCGACGGAACAGCGAAUCGGAGAUGGGCGGCGACAGUGGAGCCGAGGGUGAGGCGCUGCUCAGUGGCAACGCAGACGCAUUCCAAGCGGUAUCCAGCAGCGGCGGCGGCGGAUCGUCCAGCGGAUGCAGUGGCUCCGGUUCCGGUUCUGGCGGCGGAGGCGGUGCCGGUGACUUUUUCCUCUUCAGCAGAUCUUCAGAGCCAAAAGAGUUACUGUCCGAUGAGCAGGUCGAGAAUUUACUAUUAAAUCAUACGGUGGACGAGAACGGUGCCAUUAUAGUGGAAGAACUUAAAUCGCCAACAACCACAAGCAUGUUCCACACACACCAACAACAACAGCAGCAGCAACAACAACAGAAGCAACAACACCAUCAGGCUCUUAAUGUGGUUGGAGCGUUGCUGUUUUGAAACGACAGCAAGAUACCCUACACUUAGCAAACACCAUCACCAAAACUCACUCACACAAACUCAUAAAACUGUGUUACAAAACUAUUUAUUUAUUAUUUUUUACAUUAACGAAAAUAUACUCUUUUUUUAAAGAUUUCGAGGCAAUUAUUUUAAAUCAAGUUACGAAAAUGUUCCACCACGUCACCGUUUUGACAAUGAACUUAGAAAUGUUGUAAUUUUUAUUAUUUUUUAGCCUCAAACUUUUUAAAUUCUUUUACUUGAAAUGUUUGGCCAAAUGUAUAUUUCUUUUAGAACAAACUUAAAAAUUUUGUAACGAAGUAAAAGAAAUUUACCGGAAGUAAGAAAGUUUUUCAAGUUAAAAAAAUAAUGUAUCAAACUUCGAAAUUGAUUUUAUUAAACCUCUGACGUGGAUAAACUUUUUCGUGUCCAGACUCAAAUUCAGUACACCGAAAUCUUUUAGAAAAGUAUACUUCGUUGAUGUACAUUUUUGGUGUAGCACAGUGUAAUUAAAUGCAGUGAUGGGGAAAAAAGGUUUUCUAUUUCGAGUUAUUGUUAACAUUAAAAAGAUAUUAUUAUUCAACAUUAUUCCAACUUUGAUAGCGAGAAUACAAGUUAAUUGUACUGAGGUACGGCAAAAAGUACCUAAGCAUGGGCAGCUCCCAUCACUGCAAAUACAUAUUAAUCAUGAAUUAUGGCAAAAUUUUACUCUAUGAGUAUUCGGGCAACGACCCUAUCCCCAAAUCCAAUUAGUCAAAAGCGUAGCGUACAUAUCAUUCAAGACAUCAAUCCAGACGGAUCAGACCGCAGGAAUCUUUUAAAAGCCACACCAACGCACUCAGGCCCGUGUGUGUGGCAAACUAUGUUCUAAUCCUAAACAAAAUGUGCAAUAAUUUAGUUCAUUUAGAGGCAUAUAAAUAAGAGCGUUACAUUUUAUGCUGUUUACAAAAAGCAAAUAACUAAAUGCUAGUCAACAAACGAAAUCAGUUUAAUAGUUUUAGUGUGUAUGAGCUAAACAUUCAGCAAAAAACAAUUUACAAAAGCCCACAAAAAAUACAUACGAUUGUACAAAUAUGGUAAAUGUGGCGUUCACAGAAAGCGAAUGGAGGUGAGUAAUCAUAGUUUAUGGAACAAAUUUUAAAAUGAAAGGCUUGCAAGUGAUACCAAAACCCUACAUUCGCCUCCUGGGAAUGCCACUGAAUGUUAAAUACUUGCAUAUAUGUAUUAAUACCUGCAUACAAAUUAUAUGAAGUGUAUAAUACAAAA